UCGCACACGCCCUACGACAAAAAAAAGUUGUCUGAAGGAAAUCGAAUAGCGGAAGCGAGAUCAUUUUGCUGGUUUAUCAAGUCUGCGCUCUUAAGGGAGAGGAGAAAUCUACUACGAAAGCUGAUAUUGUGCACACUAGUGACUUUUUAUUAUUAACUAAGGCAGAGACUACCCAGGAGAAGACCACGUGUUCCAGUUCAGUGAAGAGAUCAUGGCAGCUGAAAAUAAACCCACAGAAAUGGAGUCAGCCAUCAGGACCGUGGUGGGCACGUUCGCUAAGUCCACCGGGGGAAAGGCCACCCUGGGGGGCAAAGCCUUCGAUGGCCUGGUGAAGAAACAGCUGGGCCAGAUAUUAGCUGGUACAAAUAGUUCCUCUGCUUUGAAGGAAAUGCGAAUGGGAUUGGACGAAAACAGUGACGGGAAGGUCAGCUUCAAGGAAUACCUCACUCUGAUUGGCUACCUGGCCCAAACCUUAAGCCAGCAAAGGAUGGGAGACAAUGCCAACGUGGCUUCCUAGACCGUCUUGGGGAUCCAUCACUGUGGAGUCAGACAGCCCUCCUGCUGUGCAUGUCAGUCUCUGCCUAACUAACCAAUGCUCAGUACACUACACAUAAUAUUCAUAUACUUCCUGUAAAACACAUACACUACACAUAAUAUUCAUACACUUCCUGUAAAACACAUACACUACACAUAAUAUUCAUAUACUUCCUGUAAAACACAUACACUACACAUAAUAUUCAUACACUUCCUGUAAAACACAUACACUACACAUAAUAUUCAUACACUUCCUGUAAAACACAUACACUACACAGAAUAUUCAUACACUUCCUGUAAAACACAUACACUACACAUAAUAUUCAUACACUUCCUGUAAAACACAUACACUACACAUAAUAUUCAUAUACUUCCUGUAAAACACAUGUAUUACACAAACAUGCCAUCUUUGGAGAGCCAUUGUGUUCUGAUCCCUGUGCAGGUGUGUUCUGGGUCAUCCAUGACACACUAAUGUCUACACUAAGAAGCACAAUACAACCAGUAUGCAGACCAGUCACUGUUCAAAAACAUUGAACAAUAAAGUUUUUAUAUACAAAACGGA